AUGGAUCUUCAUUUGGCGGGUGACGCUCGAAAAGAAAGGUUAGUAGAGCAUGAAGAACUUCGAUUUGACGCUUAUGAGAGUUCGAGACUAUACAAAGAGCAAACAAAGAAAUGGCAUGAUCACCGGAUUCAACAACGAGAAUUUUGGGAUGGAGACAAAGUCUUGUUGUACAACUCAACACUAAAGCUCUUCCCUGGAAAGUUAAAGUCCAAGUGGUCGGGUCCCUUCUCAGUGUUGAAGACUACUCCCUAUGGGGUUUAUGAGGUUUUGGGUGAGAACGGUCCAUUUUGGGUGAACGGUCAGAGAUUGAAGCUCUAUCAUGAUAAUCAUGCCGUUGGUUUCAUUGGUUGUUUGAUUCUUCACUCACCCGAGCGACUCUCAUGA